AUGCAGUAUGCGGGAGGCGAGCUCUAUGGUUGCAUGGCGCCACCAGAGGGCUCUCUCCUCCGCCUGUUGCACCUGAUGGGGACAGGCAGGGGACAGGUAGAGGGAAGGUUGGGACAGGUAGAGGGAAGGUUGGGACAGGUAAAGGUAGGGGGCAGGUACGGUGAUUGCAUGGCGCCACCAGAGGGCUCUCUCCUCCGCCUGUUGCACCUGACGGGGACAGCCGAAGGGGAGGCAGGGGGGCAGGCAGGGGCAAGGCAAGGGACAGGAAGGGGUGAGAUGGGGAGAGACAAGGGAGUAAAGGGAGAAGAGAGCUCAAUGGUUGCAUGGCGCCACCACAGGGCUCUGUCCUCUGGAUUGGGAUGGCUGGAUUGGGAUUGUACCAAGUGCACGCAUGCUCACCUCAACAUGCACAUGGAGUGCACGCAUGCUCACCUCAACAUGCACAUGGAGUGCACGCAUGCUCACCUCAACAUGCACAUGGAGUGCACGCAUGCUCACCUCAACAUGCACAUGGAGUGCACGCAUGCUCACCUCAACAUGCACAUGGAGUGCACGCAUGCUCACCUCAACAUGCACAUGGAGUGCACGCAUGCUCACCUCAACAUGCACAUGGAGUGCACGCAUGCUCACCUCAACAUGCACAUGGAGUGCACGCAUGCUCACCUCAACAUGCACAUGGAGUGCACGCAUGCUCACCUCAACAUGCACAUGGAGUGCACGCAUGCUCACCUCAACAUGCACAUGGAGUGCACGCAUGCUCACCUCAACAUGCACAUGGAGUGCACGCAUGCUCACCUCAACAUGCACAUGGAGUGCACGCAUGCUCACCUCAACAUGCACAUGGAGUGCACGCAUGCUCACCUCAACAUGCACAUGGAGUGCACGCAUGCUCACCUCAACAUGCACAUGGAGUGCACGCAUGCUCACCUCAACAUGCACAUGGAGUGCACGCAUGCUCACCUCAACAUGCACAUGGAGUGCACGCAUGCUCACCUCAACAUGCACAUGGAGUGCACGUUGAGGAAUGCACACAUAUGCUGA